CACUGCGCAAGCAAUGUUGCCAUCUGCCGGCAGGUCCGGACAAUUCAAAUGCAUCUUCUUCCUCCACGUGCAACACGAGUGUGACGAAAACUUAUCCGAUCGACCCUCCAUGUGAAUUUAGCCCAUGCGUGUUUAUAACCUAUAACACCUAUAACCUAAGUUGUGUUUAGUGAAGACACUUUGUGAUUGCCGUGAGAGUGUGCCUCCCGAUAGAUACUGAAUCUAUAGAACUGUGAUAUUGGAGGAAGAAAUGAGCAGUUGAACGUUAACAAUGGCAGGGUUUUGUAUAAAGAACGAACCCAAAUACCCGUCUUUGAAGAAUUUAACCUCUAGUUUUGGAUCGAUACCUCAUAAACCAAAUGAGUUUCUCAGUUCUUUAGGUGCCCCUCACAUAGAUUCAUUCAACUUUGCUGUUGGCGAAGGGUUGACAAAAGCUGUUGCUGAUUUAGAUCCUGUUGAAUUUAAUCUUCCCAGUGGAGAACUUGUGUCACUUUCUCUUAAGGAUUUACACGUGUUAAGACCAACAUUAUCUGAUGCCUUGUCUCUUGGAGCUCGCACAAAGGAAGUAUUUCCUACUGAGGCUAGACAGUCGAUGACAUCUUAUCAAGGAAAACUUCAGGGAUAUGUAUGCUGCAAAAUAAAUAAUGCACAGUUUUUAAUUGAAAAAGAUUUUGGUGAGAUACCAGUUAUGGUAAAGAGUUCUAAAUGCCACCUCUCUAAUCUCUCCCCUAAAGAUCUUAUUGAGAAAGAGGAGCACGAUGAUGAUUGGGGAGGAUAUUUUAUUAUUCAAGGUCACGAGAGAAUGAUACGUAUGCUUAUGGUGACUAGACGAAAUUAUCCCCUUUCUCUGAAAAGACCUUCUUGGCAAUCUCGUGGAAAAUUGUUUUCAGAAUUUGGUGUUCUCAUUCGCUGUGCUCAAGAUGAUGAAACUUGCAGAAACAAUGUUCUUCAUUAUGUAACGGAUGGAUCUGCUCGAUUCAUGUUGAUGUUGAAGCGAAGUCAGUAUUUUCUACCACUGGUCUUGAUCAUGAAGGCUUUAGUGGAUGUGUCUGAUAUGUAUAUCUUCCAAAAAUUGAUGGCUGGUCAAGAGGACAACCAGUAUUUGAAAGGGCGAUGCGUGCUGAUUCAUCUGAAUCGACCAGAAGAUAAAUUCAAUCUGCUAGUUGUGAUGGUGCAUAAGUUGUGGGGCUUGGUGCAAGGACGCUGCAGUGUGGAUGGUGUGGAUUCCCCACAGGCGCAAGAAGUCCUUGUCGGAGGCUACCUGUGGUUGCAGUAUCUGAAGGAGCGCCUGCAGCGGUUUAUUUAUUUAGUGAGGAUGCUGAUCACAAAAGAAAGCCAGAAUGUCACCUUCCAACUAAAUGAAAGUGCCUUGAAAUCUAUUGUCAGAAAAUCUGGAGAAGUUGGAAGAUACAUUAAUCACUUUCUUGCCACUGGCAGUGUAAGUUCUUACACCGGUCUUGGGCUUAUGCAAGAUAAAGGUCUUAGUGUAAGUGCUGAAAACAUAAAUCGCAUGCGCUAUAUGUCUCAUUUCCGGGCAGUCCACAGAGGUUCUUUCUUCCAAGAGAUGAGAACAACAGAGGCGCGACAACUGCUUCCUGAUGCUUGGGGUAUGGAUUACUAUGGAGUGAAUGUUUGUUUUAUAUGCCCUGUUCACACUCCUGACGGGGCUCCCUGUGGAUUAUUGAAUCAUUUAACAAAGUAUUGCCAAGUUGCCCCUGUUCCUGAAGCUAAACUUGUUGCCAAGAUUCCUGAUUUACUUGUAUCUAUGGGUAUGAUCUCGAUAGAUUCUGUUGGCGCCUGUGCAAAAGUGCAUUCAGAAUUUUACCUUGUUAUGCUGGACGGUUGUGUGGUGGGGUAUGUUGCCAACGAGCAGAUUAGAACUUUUGUUGAUGAGCUACGUAUGCUGAAAAUUGAGGGGAAAAUGGUGCCGCAGACUUUGGAAAUAGGACUUAUUCCUAAAGUGCCAGGUGAUCGAACACAGUUUCCUGGUCUCUUCCUAUUCACAGGUCCGGCACGAUUGAUGAGACCUGUUGUUAAUUUGUCUUGCAAUAGAAUUGAACUCAUUGGCACUUUGGAGCAGUUGUACAUGGACAUCUCGAUUGGUCCAAAAGAAUUCAUCCCCGGGGUAACCACUCAUCAAGAAUUAUCUGAUACAAGUUUUCUGAGCAACUUGGCAUGUUUAAUUCCAAUGCCAGAUUGCAAUCAAAGUCCACGUAACAUGUACCAGUGUCAAAUGGGUAAACAAACCAUGGGUACCGCUUCUCAUGUUCUUCAGAAACAAACAGAGUCCAAGAUGUACAGGCUGCAGACACCCACCGCACCACUCUUUAGACCAGCCCAUCAUGACUACAUUAAUUUAGAUAAUUUUGGCAUGGGGACAAAUGCUGUUGUAGCUGUCAUCUCAUACACAGGUUAUGAUAUGGAGGAUGCAAUGGUUAUCAACAAAGGUUCUUUCCAGCGAGGGUUCGCACAUGGUUCAGUGUACAAAUCUCAUAUUGUACCAUUACCCACGAAAGGCUCUUACUUUGGAUUGAAUCCCCAAUUGGAGGUGAACUCUGAGAUUCGUAGGCACUUGGAUGCAGAUGGGUUGCCUCAUGUUGGAACUCGUUUGACUAACGAGCAGCCUCUGUGCAGUUACUAUGAUGAAAGUAAUGGGCAGUAUGUUGUGAGCUGCUGGAAGAGUUCAGAAGUGGCCUACAUUGAUGCUGUUCGCAUUUGUGAUUCAUUGGGCAGAGAUAAACGGACAGGUGUUUGCUUGUUAGUGAGGAUUCCGCGCAAUCCCAAUAUCGGAGAUAAGUUUGCCAGCAGGGCUGGACAGAAAGGAAUCUGCAGUAUGCUGUGGCCUUCGGAGGAUUUACCAUUCACGGAAAGUGGACUUGUGCCUGAUAUUGUUUUCAAUCCUCACGGUUUUCCCUCAAGAAUGACAAUAGCUAUGAUGAUAGAAGUAAUGGCAGGGAAAUCGGGAGCAGUGCAUGGGAUGGUGCACGAUGCUACACCUUUCCGUUUUAAUGAAGAUCAAACAGCCAUUGACUACUUUGGACAACUUCUGGAAGAAGGUGGUUUCAACUACUUCGGCACAGAGAAGAUGUACAGUGGAGUCAGUGGAUGUGAAAUGAAUGCAGAAAUUUUUUUUGGUAUUGUUCAUUACCAACGGUUACGACACAUGGUGGCAGACAAGUGGCAGGUGCGAAGCACGGGUGCGAUUGACGUUGUGACUCACCAGCCUAUUAAGGGCCGAAAGCGAGGCGGAGGAGUCAGGUUUGGUGAAAUGGAGCGGGACUCCUUGCUUUCCCAUGGAGCUGCUUUCCUCUUGCAAGACCGCUUGUUCCACUGCUCAGACCGGUGCACAACCUUAGUUUGCCAGAACUGUGGAAAUAUUAUCAGCCCUUUGAUGUAUGUAAUACACAAGGGAAAUCAUCGUGUUACCAAAGUGGAGUGCCGGCUGUGUAAGAGCAAGAGCAGUGUGUCAGAGAUGGACAUUCCAUACAUAUAUCGUUUUCUAUCAAUGCAACUGGCAGCGGUGAAUAUAAACCUUAAGCUAGAAGUAGGUAAAAAAUGAAAAUGCAAUUGCCUAUUAAUGUUGAUAAUCAUAGAUCGCUAUAAUUCAGACGUUAAAAGAUCAUUAUAACAUAAAUGUUAAAAAUUAAGACAACUUUUGUUACUGUGAGGGCUCAAGUCUGAUUAAAUAUUUACUUCAGGGAAAGGUUAUUAGUGAACUUCGGUAUCAUUAUUGACAUCAUUUACUCACAACCAUUGCUCUAACCAGUCCUCUCCAGUCUUUGUAAUUUGCGCUUCAUGCUUGGGAAUCACUUCAGGUUGUCUUACAGUAACCUGCAAUAGGGCGGGUGUGUGUAUGGGAUGAGUGUUGCAAAUUGUAGUGUGGAACUUUACGGAAAGUUUUUUUUUUUUUUUUUUUUUAUGCCAGAUGGAAAGGGCAAAUUCAAUGUUGUGAUAGGCCAGCGUGAUAUGAACUGUUCAUUGUAUAAUUUUCAUUGAUCAUUUAUUCUGAAAUGAAAAUGUGAUAAACUUGAUUUAUAUGCAUCUUGUUAAAUUUGUAAGUUUGUUAGCAUUUUGUGAAGGCUGAAACUGGGAAGCUGUGCAAACCAGCUUCAAAUAUUGUAAUACAUAAUGUAAAUAAAUUUAUAUAUUUUGUCUGAAGAAUUUAUUCUGAAAUUGUUUCUUUGUGUAUUGAAUUUUGUUGGAAAUCAUGCAUUAAGAAAUGAUCUGAAAUAUCCUACAUAUACAGUUGACUCUGGUGAUAGUGAACUUCUGGAGACUAACAUUUUUGUUUCACUAUAUCUGAUGUCAAAAUUAAAUAAAAUUUCUC